AUCAUUCGUCGAUGCCGCUCCCAUAUUGCAUGAGGCAAAAGCGGAUGGUCGGAGAACACACACCGAGUAGAUGUAUAUAUGUUAAUCAGUGCCCCAUUCAGAUACAUUACGAGACGUUUAUAUGGCUAGUAGUGUGGUGCUGUUUGCUUAUUCGAAUACAGGCGGCAGACAUGUUAUUGAGCAUAUCCGUGGUGCUUGCAGUCUUAGCUAACUGUUUCUAGCUGUAGCUAAAUGAAAGCUACGUCUAACUCAUCGACUGUAGGUCACAAAUAGGUCAAGUUCCACAAACGUGUUAACUGCGAACAAGUCAGAGCCACUGACAUCUAAGAUGACAUCCAAGAAAGUGGUCGAGUUGUUCUACGAUGUGGUUUCUGCGUACUCCUGGCUUAGCUUUGAGGUCAUGUGCCGCUACAGAAACGUGUGGAAUAUAGAUCUCAAACUGCGCCCUGCUUUUCUGGGCGGCAUCAUGCAAGGAUCAGGCAACAAACCCCCUGUUCUGGUUCCAAACAAAUUUAUGUACAUGUCCAAGGACCUGAGACGCUUAUCAGGGUAUUUUGGUGUUCCCUUGCAGUUUCCAUCCGACGCCUUUGAGGUCUUGUUCAACAAAGAGAACGCCCCCAUCACUGAAAAUCCACCUUGCUCGCAGUCGGUAACUGCAGCCUGUGUGUGUCCCUCUGAAGCACAGUGGCAGGAGCAGAGCGUGAACGGAGGGGUGAAGGAUGGACAUAAGAAGGUUUUUCAAGAAAGCUCCUUGUCUGCAAUGCGAUUUGUGGCAGCAAUACAAGAGAGAGAGAAGGGUGGAGACCAGCAGGUGGAGAAGGUGUCCCGGGAGCUGUGGAGAAGGAUCUGGAGUGAGGACAAAGACAUCACUGAGCCUAAAUCAUUGUCUGAGGCAGGGAGGAAAGCAGGAUUGUCUGACAACGAGAUUGAAGAAGCGCUGGUGCUGUCCACCUCAAAGGAGAUCAAAGACAAGCUGAAAAGCACAACGCAGUUUGCACUUGAUAAUGGGGCCUUCGGCUUCCCCAUGCUGGUGUGUCAUGUAGAUGGAAAGCCCGAGAUGUUUUUUGGCUCUGACAGAUUUGAGCUCAUGGCCCACUGCAUUGGAGAGAAGUGGGUGGGACCUCAGCCUAACACAUCAGCCAGACUGUGAGAGAAGAAGCUGAUUCGGUGUAUUCACAGAUUUGUGAAUUUGUAGGUCAUUUUCCCCGAUUCUUGAAAAUGAAAUUUCGAUGCUGUGCCUUCUGGAAAUAAACCAGUAGCUGCAUAGACCUCAACGACGAAGAGUAGUGUAAAUAAUGUAACAUGCAAUUGUAGUGUUAAUUAUGUGCCUAUUAAAAGGAACACUGGCACCUUCUAGAUGAGAAAGAUCUUUUCUAUUGAACUAAUAUUUUGAUUUUUGCAUCCUAAUGUUAUGCUCUAUGGAUGGUGGGAUAAUCAGUCCACCGCUUUGGUCCAAAUAGAAAUAUCUAAUAAAACUUCAACAUUUGUGGUCCGAACAGGAUGAAUUGUACUGAUUUUGAUGAUCCCCUGACUGCUCCUCUAGUGCUACCAUGAGGUUGACUUCAGUGGUUUUGAGGGAAAUGUUUCCCUAACAAUAGCCAAGACAUUUAGUGCAGACUGUCAUGCUCCCCUUGGGAUGAAUUCCAGUGAUUGUUACGCCUUUAAAGUUUUCAUCUAGUGCCACCAUCAAAAUUUCAGUUUUUCUGACAAUUAGAACUAAAACAUGCUAAUGACAUCCCCAUCAUCCUCUGGUUCACUGUGUUAAGUGCUAAUAGCAAAUGCAAUAUGCUAACCUAAGGAGACUAAGACAUUACACCGUUCUAACAUCAGCAUGUUAGCAUGCUGUUGUUAGCAUUUAUCUCAGAGUGUGGUGUGGUGUGUGACAUUUUAUAUGUUCUC